AUGCCAGAUAUAACAAAAUCCUAUUGGACUCUCGCCUUGGGAGUACUUGGCAUUAGUUUUGUUGGUUAUUGUGUUUAUUUUGAUCAUAAACGACGUAGUGCACCGGAAUUUCGUGAAAAAUUAAAAGCAAAGAGACGAAAACAAAAACAAAAAUCUUCGCAACAUCAGGAUGAAUCAUCUAUCGAUGUGACAAAUCCUGAAGAAAUGAAACAAUUUUUUCUUGAACAAAUUGAAAAGGGAGAAGAUUGUUUAUCACGCGGCGAUCUAGAUGCCGGUGUUGAACAUUUAGCCAAAGCUGUGGCCGUUUGUAGUCAACCUCAAAGUCUUAUUGCAUUAUUUCAACAAACAUUACCACCAGAAUUAUUUCAAGAGAUAAUAAUGCGUUUACCGCGAGCCGCUCAAACAAUUCAUCAUAACACGUCAAAUUCAUCGAUGCGAAAUGCUGCAACAGCUUUCAAUGAACCAGAACUUGAAUAG